AUGGCAGGCAAAAAAGGUGAGGCCAAGAAGACUGCUAAAGCAGUUCGCAAAGGAGGAAAAGAGCAGAAGCACAAAAGAGUGACCAGCGUGAGGUUCAGAAGACCAGACACCAAAAUAGUAGCAAGAACUCCUAAGUACGCUCGCAAGAGUCUUCCAGGCAAAACCAGACUUGACAAGUUUUCCACCAUCACUAUGCCUCUCGCCACUGAAAAGGCCUUAAAGACAAUUGAAGAUCAUAACACUUUGGUUUUCCUCGCUCACCCAAUGGCUAACAAAAAACAAAUCAAGGACGCUGCUGAGAAGCUUUAUAACAUCAAAGUUGCAAAAGUCAACACCUUAAUCAGGCCAGAUGGAAAGAAGAAAGCUUUCAUAAAAGUAUCACCUGAAUAUGAAGGACUUGAUAUCGCAAACAAGAUAGGCAUCAUCUAA